AUGCGUGCUCAUGUUUGCACAGGUUACGUUGCACUAGUUAUAGCAUACCAGUUCGUGCUGGUUGCGGCGUUUUUGCUGCGUGCGCCUGUCCGGAUCGCUGAACGCCGGUCCUGUCUACCGCGCCUGCUCCAGGGUUGCGGCGGCGGAAGCCACACCUCUCUGUCAUCCUCGCCCAUCCGCUACAGGAUUGCGCACAUUGGUGCUGCAGAGGCUGUAGAACGCAUAUUCUCCGCGGAUCCUGAGGCAAGCCCGAGAAGUAAAGCGCUGCCUCUGAAUGUCGUUGAGGAGUUCUUCGCCAUCAAGCGCGAGAAUAAAGGACCUCAACUCAAGCAAUCGCUUUCCCGGGCACAAGUGGAGUGGGCAGAGUGGGAGAUUCGCAGGUUCGGGUACAAAUUGGGCACGGCGAAUCGGCAGCUGCGUCAGCUCGCUGAGAAGCACAAGGCCCUGCGAAACAGUUUUACGAGCUCCAAGGAAGAAUUGGACAAGGUCAGGCAAGCGAAACACGAAGUUUCUGUGAAGUUAAGGAUCGCUUCGCGGCUGCGCAGGUUAUUUAUCACAUACAAAAACGGCCUGCUCGCUAACGUGCAGCCUAGGGUGCCCUACGUGCCGCUCAAGUAUCGCAGCGAAAAUGUUCCAGCCGACUUCUAUUCACUCGGCACAAGGAAGCAUAACAAUGUGAAGAAGUUCGCAAAAUUGAAGCAGCACAAAGAAGUAGAGGGAAAGGAUCAAAUACGGCCGGCAAGCCAAUCAACCGAACUCACCGACCGCCAAGGGGCAGAGCUAUCCCCUUCGGUUGGAGGUCGCAAGGGUAUAAAUAACGUGCGAUCGUAUUUACAUAGGAAACUUGUAGCGGACGACGCUGAUCAACGGUCGACAGAAUCGGUGAGCCCACAUUGGGAAGCAGACGACGCUGUGCCGUCUUUGCAUAACCCUGGAGACGAGUCACCGGAUAGGGUUGGAGAUACUGAGGAUUUCACAUCACAUCCAAAUUUCGAUUUACUGACACAGAAGUCAGGAGAGCGGCCAGCGCUAGGAGAUUCUCGGCAGCAAAAGGUUAGGUCUAGCGGCGGAGUCAGCAAGGAUAAAGCACAAGUGGAACGCGAAAUUCUUGGCCUUAUAGCCGAGGCGAAAAAUCAGGCACCAAAAUACAGGCUAGAUACAGGAAAAAUACCAGAUCGUACAGACGGCUGCCCAAGGGAUUGUAAGAUGUACCCGGGGUACAACGUUAAGAAUACGGGGAGGUCCUCCCCCGGCAGUGAUGGCGUUAGCGCCAGCAGCGGAAGCAGUUCUGAAAGAUUGCCGAGCGUCUAUGGCGUUAACUACGGAGUGCAGCAGCGGCCCUUUGCGGCAUCGCCAUACGGCGGGUGGCAAGCGCAAAUGCAGACUAUGGGUGCGCAAGUGGUUAACUAUAACACGCCUGCGGAUAUCAAUGCUGCUCAUAUGGGUGACCAAUCGGCAGCCUCAAUGUCCCAGAGGCAGUCGCAGCUUUCGCAGAUGGGGGUGCCGGGUAUGCACGGUUCCCAGCUCGUUACCCCCUACGCUGUCUCCAACGUCGUGCACCUGCCGGCGUCAGCUGUUGCGGCUGGCCAUGUGGUGCUCAUGGGAUAUGGCGGACACCCUAUGCAGACCUACCCAGUGGGAGUGGGUGACGCAUAUUCCCAGCUCACGCAAUUUGAUCCGCAGAAUGCUGCAAUGAGGUUCGGCGAUACUUCUAUGGAAGGCGACGCUGCAUACUCCAAUAUGCCGUUGGGGACGCAGUACCCUCAAGAUGAAGCGUCACUUGGCCUGGAGCAAAUGUUGCCGAAUGCUUCAAUGGAAUCGAUGUCUCAGCCAGAAUCGCCGUCGGCCGCGGCAUCCACGUCGCCGCCCAAUGCAGCGUCACAACCGAUACAACUUCAAGAAGAUAUGAACCCAUUACCAUGUCACCAAGGAGAUGUGCCUCAGGAGUCGAUAUUUGAGUACCCAUCGCCCGAGCUUGAUCCUGCAAAGCAUUUGCGGAAGAUCCGAGUGAAAAGGCACGUAUCAUCCGAAGGAAAUGACAGUUCAAUGUCUGUGCCAUUUCCAAACGUCAAGGCCGAAGGUGGGAAAUUCUGGGAAGUCAGGGUCAAUAUCGAGGAGGAGUUCCGGCGACUGCUGCCGCAGAUGCCCCAAAAUUCGGACGAGCUUAUCGCUAUGGCCAGGCCGCAUAUAGAAAUCGAGGUGAGCUUCUUCAGCGAGCUGGGGGGUAUAUACCAGGAGUAUGAGGAUGAGACUGCGAUCAUCAACGAAAACCUAGACACGCUACGAAAGCAGCUCAACGAAUUGCAUCUGCUCAUGGGACGCACUGUACCGAGCAAGUUGACAGAACCGAUCAAAAUACACGACUUGUCGAUUUGGGAACCCGUGCUGAAGGAAAUGAACGACUUCCAGGAUCUGGUCGAUUACGAACAUCGAGAAAAGCGACGAAAGUUCAAGGCACUUUCAGCUGCAGCGCAGAAACAGGCCUCCAGGUUUGAGAACCGAAAACUGGCGUUGGAGCAAGAGGAAAUAAAACAACGGAAACAACACUGCAAAAAUGUGGCCAACGCCAUGGCGAUCUACUGGAAGAAAAUUGAGCGCUUCGCCUGGGAACGUAUGAAACGGGAUCUACAGGCCACACUCAUCGAGAAGAAACGCAUGAGGCUCGACAAGUUUGUGGAAGAUGCCAUUAAGCUCUCGAUUACGAAAAACGACAAGGUCAAAGGUGACGGUAAGACGAAAAGGGAGUCCCAAGAAAGCAAGAGGCAUCAUACAGAGGAUGAGGUCAAAGAUGAACCUUAUUUAAGCGCAGAAAUGGAAGCACAUAGUCAACCGGAGACUAUCGAUGUAAAGAAGGAAUCUGUGAAAAAGGAACGACACGGCUCAGGCUCUGCCGCCACAGGUGAUGAUAGUACCCGUGACGAUGAGGCGGCGAAAGGCGUUGCUGAUGACGAAUUUGUCAUAUCCGAAGAGAUGAAACGGAUGGAACGCGACGACGCGCUGCUCGACAUGGCCAUGGAGAAGGAGGAACAACUCGACCAGGAAGCUGGUAACCAAAAGAAGGAACUCAAUGCCCUUGAGGACGACCUGAAUGUGCCAAUUGAAGAGAUUCUGCGCCGUUACAAGGAGGAAGAGGAGAAGUUCAAAGAGGAACACAACGUCUCAUCGCACUCCGACGCAGACGAUGAAACGGAGGUGACUUCUGAACACAGCGACACUGAACGACACUCUGCGGACGGAAAUGAUGCAGGAGACGAAAUGGACGUUGACGAUGAAGAUGGUACAGAAGACGAAACGGAGGCUGAGGAUGAAGGUGACACUGAAGUGGUUCCGCCCCCAUCGUUAGCUGCAACUAGAAGCAAAAGGAGACGUCCAGAAGCUACCUUGGCAUCAUCCGAUGCAGUAAAAGACGAAGCAACCGAUGAUAAUAAGGCAGGAACGCAAGAGGGCGGCAAAGAUGACAUGGAGGCUGAAUUCACACUGGGUGAUGAUAAGUUCAAGGAGCAAGAAGACGAGGAUGUGCACCUUGACGAGGCAAUCAGUGAUGAGCAUUCCGACAACGAAGCUGGCAAGCAAGAACGCGUUAAGGAGAUAUCUGCCUUGGAGGAGGAUGCAAACCUGCCCAUAGAGGAACUUAUCGCUCGGUAUAGGGCCGCCGGUGGAUAUGGCGAAAGUGAUGAUAUGUCCAUGGACGACUCCGCGUCACAGGCAGCGUCGGAUACCGACAGCGACGAUACCAAGAUGCAUGAUGCAUCGAAAGGGGAUGAGUUAACUGAUGAGCCUGAAUGUGACGAUUCCACCGCGGAAUCAUCGACAGACGAGGAUGCAGUCCAGGUGCCGUCCCUUAUCAGAGCCACGUUGCGACCCUACCAGAUUGACGGGUUACGGUGGCUUGCCUCUUUAUAUCGCAAGGGUUCAAACGGCAUAUUGGCAGACGAAAUGGGACUCGGUAAAACGCUGCAAACAAUCGCCUUAUUGGCGCAUUUGGCUUGUGAUCACGGUAACUGGGGCCCUCACCUCAUUGUCGUGCCCACGUCUGUGCUGCUGAAUUGGGAGAUGGAGUUCAAAAAGUUCUGCCCGGGGUUCAUGAUAUUGUCAUAUUACGGUUCACCUGCUGAGAGGGCGAAGAAACGUAUCGGAUGGAACAAGGAGCAUGCAUUCAACGUGUGCAUCGCAUCGUACGCCACUGUAGUGCAGGAUUCGUACAUUUUGAAGCGUAAGAGCUGGGUAUACAUGGUUCUGGAUGAGGCCCAGAACAUCAAAAACUUCCACUCCAAAAGGUGGCAGACGUUGCUUACCUUCAACACCCAGGGGCGUAUUCUGCUUACGGGAACGCCGUUACAAAACUCGCUGCAAGAGCUGUGGUCACUUAUGCAUUUCAUCCUCCCCGAUGUUUUUACGUCGCACUCAGAGUUCAAGGAGUGGUUCAGCGACCCCCUCACCGAGUCGAUUGAGCGUGAACAGAUGAAUGGUGAGGGGAACAAGCAGGAUCUCCAGACGUCCCACCUCGUCAAAAAGCUGCACACGGUGCUGAGGCCGUACCUGUUGAGGCGUCUUAAGAAGGAUGUGGAGAAACAAAUGCCGUCGAAGUACGAACACGUAAUCAAGUGCUACCUGUCCCGCAGGCAAAGGGUGCUCUACGACGAGUUCAUAUCGAGCCGCAGCGCCGUGGAAGCCCUGAAGAACCCCAACUACAGAUCUAUGUUGUUCGUCCUAAUGCAGUUGAGGAAGAUUUGCAAUCAUCCUGACCAAUUGCAGUCAAGGCCUGUUGAGACGCCGUAUUAUGAUCCUAUCAUGAUGGAAAACGUGAUGUUCCCAAGCAUGUUCUUGUUGCCGGAAUCAAGACCUGGGGCUAGAUUAUACCGCCAUGAGGUUAUCAAUAUGCGGCCGUACCCGUCUGAGACGCUACCCAUAAUGGUCGGCUCCAGGGACCACCAAGAUCGUGUUGUCUUACCACUUUCGUUUGUCAAAUCCUUCCGAGGCAGCAAGGUACCGUUUCAACGUGUUUUCAGGCAGAACAAGAACGUCUACGACAAAGAUGUGGCCCAGCUGCCCGUGGUGUCCCGCUUCCCAAUUUCCAAAUGCCUGCUUAGUCGGAAAUCCGGUGGAAGGCGUAAACUUACGCUUUCUGGAUUCCUCAUCGAAAGCAUGCUUUCGGCUAACCCAUUCGACGAUGUCAGCCGUCGCAAUAGAGGUUAUUUGCUGACUGGACACGCACCAGCAGAGCGUGCACAGGGUCUGGGUCCAACAGUUUCAAUCGCAGCUUCCUCUGUUUGUUCGGAAUACGACGCUGCGGCGGGAAAUUUCGGAUAUAGUGGUAGAUUCCGCCAUGCAGUUAACAAGACCGUAUCCAUGGGAUUAGAAAGCGGACGGUCUGUCAGUACGAGCAGCCCCGCCAACGCAGUGAAGCAAGACUUUGAUCCAUUUGUCAACACCCGCGCAGCUCCCUAUCAUGCAGGGCCAGUGGUGCGCAACGUGAAUUUUUAUCCGCAGAUGAGCGAGAUAUCCGAUGUUUCGGAUUCCGCUACGGAUUCCAACAUUGUAGUUUGCACUACCGAUGAUGCAGUCAAUGACGCGGAUCCCACGGGAAAGGGCGAAUCCAACGAUUUCGCCGAUCAAACAGAUGAAGCCAACGUAGUAGUGAAUCGCCGGGAGCUGCUGGAGGUGAACGACAAUUUCCUGCUGCAAAAGUUUACCAUCGAUCGACGCCCGAAGCCCAAGGCUGAAUGCUUCCAGAAAAUCGUGGCACCCACCGUGGACGACGUGGUGGAACGUAACUGGUGGAUGCUGUCACGAUUUGUGUGCACUACUGGCAAGGUCGUGGAGUGCAACCCCAGGCGGGUCGUCGUGUUUGGCCCGGGAGGUGUGACUUGGAACAGUCGGCAAGAGGCCACGGCGGAUAGGAUCCACAGCAAAUUGCAGCGUCCUUCAUCGUUCGCAUACUUCAAGGAAACGAAAUGCAGCAUUGAGCAUGCUCGAGGGCUGCAGAAGGUGCUCUUCCCGCCUAGAAGCCUGCUGCAUGACGAUUGCGGCAAGUUCCUGGUGCUUGGGCGUUUGCUGAAAAAGUUGAAGAGUGAGGGGCACAGGUGCCUGUUGUACACCCAGUUUUCCAAAAUGCUGGAUAUCCUAGAGAACUGGAUCAACUUCAUGGGGUUCACGUACGUCAGACUCGACGGGUCCACCAAGGUGGACAUGAGGCAGCGUAUCGUCACCAGAUUCAACGAGAACGAGAAGAUAUUCCUGUUCAUCUCCUCCACCCGCGCUGGUGGUGUGGGUCUUACGCUGACGGGUGCCGACACGGUCAUCUUCUACGACACCGACUGGAACCCGGCGAUGGAUAGGCAAGCUAUGGACAGGUGCCACCGUAUCGGCCAGACGAGGGAAGUCAACGUCUACCGUUUGAUCAGCGAGCACACUGUCGAGGAGAACAUCUGGCGUAAGCAGCUGCAGAAGCGGCGUCUGGACGACAUCGUGGUGGACAAGGGCAACUUCGACAGCGAACACCACAACUGGUUCUCGAACGUCGACACGCUCAUGACCAUUCUGAAGCAGCAGACAGCAGAGGGCCGCGAAAACGCCGCGGAAGAUGACGACAUCUACGGCAAGAAGGUGUUACACGAAUCUCAAGCUCCAGAGUUGGACGACGCUGUCGGCGGUGAUGGCCCGCCCCCAAGAGUCGUGAACAUGCUGGCGGAAGCGGAGGACGAAGACGAUGUCAACGCGCUUAAGAACCGCAGCAAGGAGGCGAGGACUGCCAACAAGGAUUUCCAGGACUUCAGUGGCGACAUGAUCUCCACAAUGCCGGCCCUUGUCGCCUAUUCCAUCCAGCUCUUGCUGACCUACCUCACCCCAACUCUAGUCGCCCAACGCGAUGAGAUGAAGGUCAAGAUCAAGGUGGAGUCCAUGGACUCGGCUGUCGAGGAGGACUCCGAAUCGUCAGCAUCCGAGGUUGGGUAUGGCUCCGACCCUGAGUCGAGCGAGUAG